GCCUGACCAGUGCUGCGUCCCCAAGGUUUGCUCCGAAGACCUGUGCGACUCCACUCUUUGGGAGCCCAAACCGGGCAAUGUCUUGGGAAGCACCAAAGACGAGUGCUGCACUCCUCGAGAUUGCGACGACUACAAGUGCUCCGCCAAGUACGUGAAGAAAUCGAAGAGGCAAUCUGACAGCGAGAAGUUGCAUGGCCAGGAUGGUUCUCCGCUCUUACUGCAGGGGAGCACCGACAGCGAGUGUUGUGAGCCAAUCUCAUGCAAGCACAUCGACUGCGAGGCUACGGACGAGUGGAAGACGAACGAAAGCGCCAAGGUUGGCGCAAGCCUGGAGGACUGCUGCAUCCCGCAAUUCUGCAAGCAGCACAGCUGCGAACCUGCGACGAAAUGGGAGCCAAAGCCCAAAGCAAUCCUGGGCAGUAGCAACCCAAGCUGUUGCACGCCCAAGAUGUGCAAGGAGUUCAAGUGCGACGCCGGCUUUGAGCUCCGGGCUGGCGCCGUGAUUGGAGGACGAGGCCUAUUAGGAAGCACCCACGACGAGUGCUGCGAGAAGAAGUCUUGCCACGACUGGAAGUGCAGCGACCCGACGAAAUGGGUGCAGCAGGCUGACGAGAGCAGCCUGGGCGUGGAAAGGCAUGGAUGGAGCGACGAGGAGUGCUGCACGCCUUUGAUGUGCAGCACCAUCGACUGCGUGCCAGAAUCGCUUUGGGCCCCGAAAUCGGCAGAAGAGUUGGAGGGCCUCCUGGGCAGCACCAGCAAGCAGUGCUGCAACCCCAGGUGGUGCAAAGACUACACAUGCACGGGAGACAUUCCUGCAGAGAACGUUACCAGCACCAAGUGGUACAAGAAGGUCGAUACGAAUCAUUUCAAGUUCCGGGGAAGCACGGACGAGGAGUGCUGCCACCCCAAGUAUUGCAGCGAGUACACCACAGAGUUCCCCAGCAAGUACCGGCGAAAGCCCGAAGACCUCCAAGGGAAGCCGAGGCUUGGAAGCACGGAAGCCGAGUGCUACGACGAGCUCAAGUGCAGCGACUAUUGCUGUAAGGACAAGGCCUUGCAACUGAAGGAAGACGCAGCGCAGCUCUUGGGCAGCACGGACCAGGAAUGCUGUGAGAAGCCUGGCUAG